AUGACUAAAAUCGAAGAGGAGAUAAAAACGAAAAUAAAGUCACACGAACUCAAAAUCAAAGUAAAAUCAGAUAGACAGGUCAAAGGCGACGGGAUAUGCUUCCGCACGGACACACACGAGGAGGCGGAAGUACUCUCAGAGGCAAUCAAUAAACUCCCGGAGAUUUCUAGUAAGGUAAAAAGUAAGAUCUCAGAAGGGAGAAGGCCCAGAUUAAUCCUUUCAAAUGUACCAAAAUCAGUCAACGAGACUGAAUUAACAUCCAUAAUAAUUGAACAAAACGAAAAUCUCCCAAUCUCCAAUGACGAAUUUAUAAAAUCGACCCGUAUCAGCACCAUACUCAAUAGGAAUAACGCAAAAGAGAAUUGUCGCAAUAUCGUCCUUUCCACCACACCUAAAAUAAGAAACAUAUUGGUAGGCACAAAGCACGUCGCCAUAGUAUGGGCUAAAAUACAAGUAAACGACUACAUCCCUCUGGUCAGAUGUUUUCAAUGCUGUGGAUUUAACCAUAUCUCCACCGACUGUACCAAAAACCAGAAGUGCAGUCAUUGUAAUAAAGGGCACAGGUUUGGUGAAUGUCAAAGGCUAGAAGAACCCCCUUGCUGCACAAACUGUAGAACAGCAAACAAAGACCUACCAGAACAGGAAAAGUAUAACACGGAGCAUAAUGCUUUUAACCCACAAUGCCCUGUCACCAUUCGCAUGAAGGCACUGACCAUUAGACAAACGAAUUAUGGAGUGUAA